ACCUGUACAUUCAGCACCUAGCCAGGAGCCAUAACCGGCUACUCGAUAGCGGGGCCCACGGAGAAGAAAGAAGCGCUCGACUUCUCCGCCAUGGCACGGCAUGGUUCAGACAUAAUGGAAGGGAGCGAGCCCAGCACGUGGCCGGGCAGGAGGGCUUCAUAAAGUUAUAUUCCGUGGAAGGAAGGGAAGGCAAACGCAAGGAAGGGGGCUAUGAAGGCCAGGAGGCGGAAAUGAAACUCCCUUUUGAUCAUUCACCUGUUGUAAUUCAUCGAUCCUCGAUUUCGUUGGGUCAUUGUCGACUCUUUCCAUCAGCCAGGCGUUCUGAUCAAUGGGAUUUGUUUAUUGGGGGUUGGGUCUGGGCAUCUGGGAACGAAAGGGCAAAGGGCAAAGCAAAGCCGCCAAGGAGUAGAGUGAGCCAAAGCCAAGGGGGUUGUUUUUUGCUUGCAUUAGUACAUACAGUACAUCUUUGUUGCAUCGGGUCGGAUGUAUGGUGGUUUUGCUGCGCGGAAAGGGGAAGUUCUGAGACCAGAUAGACAUGCAUCACAGUCCAACCCGUCCUAAAACACUCAUCUUGUCAUUCAUGCAUUCGACUGCGGUGU